AUGUCAAUUGAUCAAGAUAAAAGGGAGGAUUUUGAGCUCAAAAGUUUUGUAGCGAGUUCUAUUAUAGCUGAUCGUGAGUUUGAAGCGUAUAGUAAUGCAAGUAUUCAUGAUCGUGAAAAAGGAAGUAGCUUUUUUGGAGCUUACUUUAAUGUAGUAUGUGUAGUUGCAGGUACAGGUACUCUCGGUCUUCCAUUAGCACUAAAGCAAGGUGGUUGGAUAGGUCUGCUUAUUCUGUUUUUAUCUUGGACUAUGUCUACUUAUACCUCUAUUCUUCUCAUUCGAUGUCUUUAUGCAAAUGGUGAAAAAAAGCGACUUAAUACAUACAAAGAUAUUGCAACCACAGCCUUUGGUGCUAUUGGUGGUUGGGUGACAUUCUUUUUUAAUUCCUGGAUUCUUUUAGGCGCACCUGUACUUUAUAUGGUUCUGUCUGGUGCUAAUCUUAAUCAACUUUGUCGUGGAACUGUAGCUGAAAUUGGUGAUAUUCCCUGGACUAUAAUUCUAUCAGCUGCAAUUGCUAUUCCAUUUAUAUUACUCAAGACAAUGAAAGAACUAGCUUGGAUGAGUGCCUUUGGUGUUGUUGCGAUCUUUAUUGUUAUCAUUGUCGUUUUGGUUAUGUCAAUUAUUGAUAAACCAAAUCAUGUAAAUGUUCAGCAUGAUGUUGUUGUCUGGGAUAUGUUUCCAAUUGCUUUAAGUACGAUUUCUUUCAGUUUCGGGGGUAAUGUUGUCUAUCCUCAUGUAGAGGCAUCAAUGAAAAAGCCCCAAGACUGGCCUAAAGUGGCUGCAGCCGGUCUCGGUACAUGUGCUGUUAUGUACUUUAUUGUUGCCAUAAGCGGCUAUCUUGUUUAUGGACGUGAAGUUCUUUCGCCGGUUUAUAAUUCGCUACCAGAGAAUGGUGCACGUAUCUUAGCUAUUAUUGUGAUCACCAUUAAUGUCUUACUCUCUGCACCUAUCUUGACAACUUCAUUUUCUUUGGACAUUGAAGAAAUGUUAAAUAUUACUGAAGAGCGAUUUGGUAAAACAAAAGAAUUUUUGAUUCGUGCUUGUCUUCGUAUCUCUAUCAUGGUUCUUAUAGCUGUCGUUGCCUGCUCUGUACCUCAUUUUGGCGCACUUAUGUCCUUGAUUGGUGCUUUUGCUAAUUGUAAUCUUAUUUUUAUCUUCCCUGUUUUAUUUUAUUUGAAAUUGACAGGCAUACGUAAUAAGCCAAUUUAUGAGCUUGUAUGGUGUGGUUUUAUUGUCCUGUUAGGUCUUAUUGGGCUUAUUUUUGGUACAAUGGAAGCUAUAAAGGAGUUAAUUGCUGCCUUUGGAUCAUAA